AUGGAGCACCCAGAGAAUCCCGUGCUGCCUGACGAGGCGCAUUGGGAUCAGACGGGCACAGUCUUUGACUUGGGAUUGCUGCAAGAGAAUGUUACAGUUACAGGCCAGCCUGCCGACCUUUAUUUCCUUCAAGUGGGCGCAGAACCCAUCGAAACCAAACUAGUAUGGCGCAUGUGGAAUUCAUGGCGACCCCGUGGAAGCAUUGGGUAUUCAACGUCGACAGACGGAAAGACCUGGAACCAGACCCUGGCCGUAUCCCUGCCCCCAAAUGGAGGCUGGGAGCACGCGAUUAAUCGACCGUUCGUGAAAAAGAUUGCAACUGGAAAAUAUGGCAUGUGGUAUACUGGACAAGGUGCAGAUCUCGGGGGUCUUGUGGACGGAUCCAUUGGUUACGCGGAAAGUCCAGACGGGAUCAUCUUCACCAGAACCAGUGAUAAGCCAGUAUUGAAACCUGAAUAUCCAUGGGAGAAAGAUGCCGUCAUGACGCCGACAAUCGUCGACCUCCCAGGUGGCGCACUGCGCAUGUACUAUGCAGGCGGCGAGACGUACGAGCCUGAUUCGAUUGGUGCGGCUCAUUCUUACGACGGUGGGCAUACAUGGAUCAAGUUUGGAAACCCGGUUCUGACGCCUGAUCAGAAUUCUGGUAAGGUCGGUGAAUGGUGGGACUCGUACAAGGUCACCAGCCCCCACGUCAUCCUCGGCGACGAUGGAUACUACUACAUGUUUUAUGCUGGCUUCCGAAACGUUGACUAUUCUUCAAUUGGAGUCGUUCGGUCCAAGGAUGGAUUAACGUCUUGGGAGCGAUUGACAAACAACCCAAUCAUUGACAUCAUCCCGGGAACUUGGAAGUGCGACGCAGCCUACAAGCCGUUCGUGGGCUGGUCGGAAGAUCAACAGGAAUGGCUCCUGUGGUACAAUGGACGAUGCAAUAGAGACGAAAGGAUUGGUGUUUCGAUCUUGAAAUCCCGGACUUUUGGUAGGUUUAUCAAGCGGUGA